GACGGUAACAACCAUAUGUGUCCCACUGUUAUAUCAUAUGUUAGGCGUUACAAUUCUGGUUUCAGUUAAUCGCGAAUGAUACUUUUAAAUACCUACCAGAACAAUAAUAGCCAACAGCCAAAAAUUAAAGAAAUUGAUUUGCUUUGACAUCGCGAGAACCGAACAAAGUGCUCUGAAUUAAAAUGAUUAUUGUGUAACUGCGUAAAAGAUGAGGCAAAUAAAGGAACGCGGGGAAACUGUGAUCAUAUAAGUUCUUAAAUACCUAUUAAUCUACGUCAAAAAGCACACAACGGAACAGAGAAAACAGUGCAUUAACGAAAAUAUCAAAGAAGAAUUUUCUGCCAGAAAAACAUCUAGCAGGUAACAGGCAGACAACAGCAAAAUCAGAGAGGAUUAAAAUAAACAAUUAAAUAAAGAACCAAACCAUGUACACUAUCAGCAAGGGACCCAGCAAAAUAGUUGCUAAGACGCGACGAGGUAUGGUCCAAAACUUUGAAAAGUUCGAAAGCAUCAAGGAGAGCAGCAGGAAGAACGGUAGCUUCGAUUUGAACAGUCCCGGGACAUCAGAGCACAACAAUAUCCCGCGACCGUUUUUUCAACAGAGUGUCUCAAAACGGACAACACCCACCAAGCUGAUCGAGGAUGAGGUGAUAACACCGCAGCAUGAAGAAAUCAUACGCUAUAUAAAUGAUUCUUGGAACAUGUUAGUCGCACCAAAUCCGUAUGAUUCGAGUACAUUGGACAAGCCCUGCGAGAAACCAGUGGCAGAUGCUAACAAUAACAAUGCAACUAAUCCAGUGGAAUGUAUUAUCGCCAAUAAACCAUUUGCAACCUCUGCAUCGGCGGCUGUUUGGGUAGAACCACCUAGCCCAGCGUUGCAAGACUUCAAGCCCUUCGAUCUGGAAUCCUGGUGGGGUCGUCGCUUGUUCCAAAACAUUACUAAGAGCCUCUAAUUUGUAUCGCUAGGCGGGUUAGGUAGGGCUUGCUGAGGGACUUAUUAAUAGCUGGCCAGUUCUUCCUUUGAUGAUUUCUAAUAGGAAAAUCACACAAUAUAUACAUAUGUACUAUAUUUGUACAUAUAUGUAUAUUUAUAUAAGCGAGCGAGUUGUGCGAUAAGUAAUAUAAUUUUGGUUGAUAAUACAUAUGGUAAUACAUAUGUAUGUAUGUAUGUCGUCUUAGCUAUAGUUUUCUAUUAUCAAGUUAAGGAAGCAAAUAACUAGUUGUUACUAUUCGCCAAUUGGCAUAUGUAUAUAUAUAUGUAUAUGUAUGUACAUACAUACAUAUGUACAUAUACAUAUGUAUUUUUGUGCAUUAGAUUUUUAAAUAUGUAGUAAACUCUUGGCAGUCUCAAGAAUCAUUUACGAAAAUGAAGACAACUUACAAAUAGAAAAGCUUUGAAAUCUUUAGUGCUAUUUCGUUCUUUCUUCUAGAUAAAGCCUUUUUGUUCAUUUCGAAUUGGCUGAUCCCUUUCAGAACUAGUACUAACUACGAGUAUACAGUUCCUUAUCAUCAAUCCUUUUUAUUUACCAUAAACAAAAUAAAAGAAGACUAACAAUUAUACUUUAUUUCAACG